AUGCCACACUCGCCGGCCGCCGCUUCCCAGGUCUAUUUGCUUUUCUCGCCGUUUUUCUAUUUUCCCGACCGAGAUUCCGCUUUCAUCAUUUCUCUCUUUUUCGCUGUGGGAUUCGGGAAGCGGAACGAUUUCCUCUUUCGCGUUUUCGGGAGCAAUUACUCUGUUGAAAUGAAUGGGGCGCAGAACAGGAGGGUUCACAAUGUUGAGAAACCUUUCCCAGGUUGCCUGGGAAGAAUGGUGAAUCUCUUUGAUUUGACGGGGGGUGUGAAUGGAAACAAGCUACUCACGGACAGGCCUCACCGCGAUGCAUCAUCACUUUCAAGAAGUCAAUCAGAUGUUGCUAGGAUCACAAGUCCUACUUUGGGUGAUCAUAUAGAGGAUAAGCUGAUUGUUUCUGACUCAAUGAGAGCUUUGUCAAAUAAGAAAAUAAAUGGAACACCCAUCAAGAUGCUCAUAGACCAAGAAAUGUCCAAAGAAAUUGUUUCAAAGCACAACCCACCACCAAACGUAGUUGCAAAAUUGAUGGGGCUUGAAGCCCUCCCGCGGGGUGAUCCUAAUUUAUCUGUGGAGAGAAGCCAUAGAGGAGAUUAUUCUUCUCAACAUAUGUGUGAUCAUUCAGGGACACCAUUCAAACGCUGGCAGAUGGAUGAUAGAUUUAUGGACAAGGAAAUGCUGCAUGAAGUUCAUCCAAACACAGAACAGAUUGCUUACAAGGAUAUUUAUGAAAUAUGGCUGCAAUCACAAAGAGCAGGCACUGUAAGAGACAAGACACCGGAGAGAGAAAAGUGGUCUGAAGAUGUUAAUGGGAAGAAAAUGGCUCUCAUUCGUCAGAAAUUUAUGGAAGCCAAACGUCUGUCUACUGAUGAGAGACUACGCCAGUCCAAGGAGUUUGACGAUGCCUUGGAAGUUUUAAGUUCAAAUAAUGAUCUGUUAAUCAGGUUAUUGGAUUCUCAAAAUCUUUAUGAACUUCAGUCUACUCCAGUAGCAGAGACAAAGCGUAUUACUGUUCUUAAACCUUCGAAGAUGGUUGAUAACGAAAAAUCCAUUGGAAAGGGGAAGAAAAAUGACAAGCAGAUCAGGAAACCAGCAAAUGUUGGUGCUGCAUGGGAGAGAUACAGCCCUGGAUACACUCCUCCUAGUCAGAAAGUGGAUGAGUUUCCAGUUCAACCUACACGUAUAGUGGUAUUGAAGCCUAGCCCUGGGAAGACUCAUGAGAUUAAGGCUGUGGUUUCUCCCACAAUGUUGUCACCUCGAAAUUUGCCUAGUGGAAAUUUUUACCAGGAACCUGAAGAUGAUGAUGUACUUGAAUCGAGAAAAGUGGAUAGUGAAAUUACACAGCAAAUGCAUGAAAAUGUGAGGAGUCAUCAAAGAGAUGAAACAUUCUAUUCUUCAGUAUUUUCCAAUGGCUAUACUGGUGAUGAGAGUUCGUUCAACAAAUCAGAUCAUGAGUGUAAUGCAGGGAAUUUUAGUGAUUUGGAAGUUAUGUCACCAUCCCCAAGACAUUCUUGGGAUUACAUCAAUCGCUGUGGCAGUCCCUUUUCGUCAUCAUCCUUCAGCCGGGCAUCCUGUUCUCCUGAGUCGUCAGUAUGCAGAGAGGCCAAAAAGCGCCUUUCUGAAAGAUGGGCCAUGAUGGCAUCAAAUAAAGGUCCUCAAGAACAAAGGCAUGUGCGCAGAAGCUCAACCUUAGGUGAGAUGCUUGCUCUUUCGGAUGUAAAGAAAUCUGAAAUAUCUGAGCUUGAAGGUAUUCCUAAAGAACAGGAACCAAAUGAAUCUGUUUCUUGUAGUCAAAAUUUUAGUGCGGAAACAUGUGUGGACGGUUCUCCCAGAAACCUUUCUAGGUCAAAAUCUGUUCCGACAACUUCUACUGUCUUUGAUAAUGGGCUCAAUGUUGAAGUUUGUGAUAAUGAUGCUGGCAAAGCACAUGUGUCUGGGGAGCUGACAAAGUCAAAGAGUAUGAAAUCAUCAUUUAAAGGGAAAGUUACCAGUUUCUUCUUCUCAAGGAACAAGAAACCAACCAGGGAAAAAUCUUGUCUAUCGCAAUCUAAAAAUGAAUCUCAAUCUACUCUCACUGGAGCAUCAGAUUCUCCAGUAAAUACAUCUGGAGUCCUCAGGGAUGAUGUGUCUCAAAGCUUCAACAGUGGCUCCAUUGGAGAGUGUUCUCUUCCAGCUCCAUAUGAAUCAUCAGGCAAAAUUUUAUCAGAUUCUGUCUCUAUUGGACAAGGCACAAUACCCGAGGAGUCAGGAUUGACACUGUCAAAACCCACGGUGCCUGGGAUUUCAAGUGAAAACCAGGGUCAGCCCAGUCCAAUAUCAGUUUUAGAGCCUCCAUUUGAAGAUGAUAAUGCUGCUAACGAGUCCUUGGGCUGUGGGAAGGGUGGUGCUCACCUUGGAUCACGUGGGUCUUUGAAGUCUAAUUUAAUUGACAAAUCACCACCUAUUGAAUCAAUAGCUCGGACCCUCUCGUGGGACGAUUCUUGUGCAGAGGUAGCAAGUCCAUACCCAUUAAAACCCUCCUUGGGUUCCUUAGACACCAAGGUAGAGGAUCAAGACUGGCUUAUCUUUGUCGAGAAACUACUAUCAGCUGCUGGAAUUGAUGAUCAAGUGCUGUCGGACUCGUUUUACUCAAGAUGGCAUUCCCUCGAAAGCCCAUUGGAUCCAUCAUUGAGGGACAGUUAUGCCAAUCUGAAUGACAAGGAGCCUCAGCAACUCCAUGAGGCCAAGCGAAGGCAGAGGAGAUCUAAUCAGAAGCUUGUAUUCGAUUGUGUUAACUUUUCACUGAUAGAUAUUACUGGUUAUGGAUCAGAGAAUUACUUGACGGGUAGGUUGUGUAGUGGGAGCCACAGCAAGUUCCAAGUCCCAGAGGAUGCACCUCCCCCAUUGGUAGACCUCGUUAUGGCACGGAUGAAGGAGUUAAUAUCUGGUGCUAUGAGGUCUGUUUGGGUGGAUUGUGGGGACAGUAACAGCCUGGUGGUAGAGAGUGUUGUCAGAAAAGAGGUUGUGGGGAAAGGGUGGGUUGAGCUUAUGCCAUUGGAGAUGGAUAUUUUGGUGAAGGAAGUAGAGGGGAAGUUGCUAGAAGAACUUGUGGAGGAUGCUGUGGUUGAUUUGACAGGCAGGGCCUGA